AUGUCCUCCAUCGGGCUCACCCCGCUGGUGGCAGCGGUGAGCUCUGCGGGGAAGGCCGCUUGGCCUGAGGAGCUGCAGGAACUGCCAACCCUACCCGAGGCCCGAGGGGGCACGGUUCAAGAGCUUCCUGUUGACCAAAGGGCUGCCGCGACGGAUCAGAUGGCGACCGAGGAGAAGAAGGACCAACCCCUCGAAGGACUACGAGAGGUGGCGACGCUGGAGUCGAGCUUACUUGGUGGUGCAGAAGGCGAAAGGCAUCCCUUCAACGGCCCAUGGGAGUUUGAUCUUAGACCAAGCUGGCAAGAGGACUCAUCCAAUGCAUCAUCGACUACCUCAAAGGUGAACUACGUCUUGAUGACAUGGUCGAAUGAUUACUUUGAGCCGGAGAUGAUCAUGAGCAACGGCUACUACGCGGACACCCCAAACGAGCACGGGGUGAUGGAGACCUCCCAUUUCGACAACCCUCACACCUGGGGACGACGUCUAUCAGGUCAGGAGAUGAUGGCCGCUGUGGCCGGAUGGGAGUACGUGAGACGGGACUACUGGCAUGUGCAGGGAUGUCAGGUCAUCAGGGAACACAUCAUCCCGAGGAGGCAGCUUUUUACUCCGGCGGCUUCGGGAUGUCCAGUAGCUCUCGAGGACCUAUGUGAAGCUCGGACGACUCGGGCCAUCCGAUCGGAUGGAGACACCAGAGUGAUGUUUGCGCCCAACUGGAAGCAUCGAGGGGAAGCUCAUCGGGAUCUUCACUAUGAUUGGACAGGCCAAACCAUCUUCUACCUGAGAGAGCCGGAGAUCAAUCUACCGGAUGAAGAGCUUGCGGCCUUGGCCCAGGAGUACAAGGAUGAGCUGGAAAAGGCCCAAGAGGAGGCCUUGAAGUCCCCCGACUGGUCAUCGGAGUCGGAGACGGAGGAGACUCUGGUGGCACUGGUGCAUAGCGCCGGGAAUGGAGUGGUCGAUACCGGAUGUGGCAGAGGGCUUGUCGGAGAAGAGACGCUUCGUCGACGUGAGGACCUCCUGAAGUAUGGCAAUGGGGCGGCGGACACGUCACAUCGGACCGUGCAGAUCCCCAUCUUCCUCGCGGGCAUCAAGCUAUGGCUGAGGAUGCACGUGGUGAAAGGUGCUGUACCCAUGCUCAUCUCCAAGCGCUUCCUCAAGGCCUUGGGGGCAGUGAUGGACCUCCAUCGUGGUGAACUGACGCUCACGAAGGCCCAGAUUGUGAUCCCAUUGAUGGAGCAAAGAGACGGGAGCUACCAAAUCAAUCUGCUGGACAUGACAAGACCACCAAAAGUCAGGGACCAGGAAGUGGAACCAUAA